UUACGUUUACUUUUGUUCAUUUUUUUUUUUAUAUUUUUACAUAUAUUUUCUUUUUUUUUUCUUUUCUUUCAUUUUUUUUCAUAAUUCAUAUUUUUCUAUUAACAAAAAAUGACGCAUCGCGAUGUUAAUAAUCCUAUAUUAUUCGAAGUUUCGUGGGAAGUUGCAAACAAAGUUGGCGGAAUUUAUAGUGUAAUGAGAUCAAAAGCUCCAGUUACUGUUCAUGAAUUUGGUGACCGAUAUACUCUCAUUGGUCCCUUAUAUUAUAAAACUGCAAUGGCUGAAGUUGAACCUGAAGAAGUGUCUAAUCCUUACAUGAGAGAGGUUCUCGAAGAAAUGUCUCGUCAAGGAAUUCGAUGGAUGUAUGGAAGGUGGUUAAUUGAAAGUGCUCCUCAUGUUCUUCUCUUCGAUACUGGUUCAGUUUCUACAAGAUUGGAAGAAUGGAAAGCUGAUUUAUGGAAGGUCGCCAGUAUUCCUUCUCCCCCAAAUGAUCAAGAAGUUAAUGAUGCAAUUUUGUUUGGUUACUUAGUAACCUGGUUUUUAAAUGAUUUUGUUGCUCGUGAAAAAAACGCCGCGGUGAUAGCACAUUUUCAUGAUUGGUUGGCCGCUGUUGGAGUUCCUCUCAUAAGGAAACGUCAUAUCGAUUUGGCGACUAUAUUUACCUCUCAUGCAACUUUACUUGGUCGUUAUUUAGUUUCCGGUUCUGUGGAUUUUUAUAAUAAUAUAAAAAGUUUCAAUGUUGAAGAGGAGGCUGGAAAACGUGGAAUAUAUCAUCGAUAUCAUAUUGAACGUGCUGCAGCUCAUUGUUCUGAUGUAUUUACUACUGUUAGUCAAAUUACUGCUUAUGAAGCCGAACAUUUGUUACGAAGAAAACCAGAUGGUGUCCUUCCUAUUGGGUUAAAUGCAGUGAAGUUUUCCGCUAUGCAUGAAUUUCAAAAUUUACACGCACAAAAUAAGGAAAAGAUUCAUGAUUUUGUUAGGGGACAUUUUUAUGGUCAUUAUGAUUUCGAUUUGGAUAGUACAUUAUAUUUCUUUACAGCCGGUCAUUAUGAAUUUAAAAAUAAAGGCGUUGAUACAUUUAUCGAAUCACUAGGACGUUUAAAUUCUCGUUUAAUAGCUUGUAAUUCGCCGACAACUGUCGUGGCUUUCAUAGUUAUGCCUGCUGCUACACAAUCUUUUGCCGUUGAAUCUUUGAAAGGCCAAGCUGUUACCAAGCAAUUAAAAGAAACUAUAAAAGAUAUUACGGAAAAGAUUGGACAAAGAAUAUUUGAAAAAGCCGCUCGCUAUGCUGGUGGUGAUAUCGUGGAUGCGAUAGUGGAACCUGAAGAAUUACUCACAAGUAAAGAUAAAGUAUUCUUGAAAAGACGUGUCAUUGCUUUAAAACGUGGAGGAUGGCCACCAAUAGUCACACAUAAUAUGGUUGAUGACGCAUCAGAUCCCAUUUUAAAUGCUAUUCGUCACGUACGAUUGUUAAAUAGUCCAGGUGAUCGAGUGAAAGUUAUAUUUCACCCAGAAUUUAUGAAUUCUGGUAGUCCUUUAAUUGGAUUGGAUUAUGAAGAUUUCGUUCGUGGAUGUCAUCUUGGCGUUUUCCCCAGUUAUUAUGAACCUUGGGGCACGGCACCUGCAGAAUGUACUGUUAUGGGUGUACCUUGUAUCACAUCAAACCUUUCGGGAUACGGUGGCUUUAUGGAAGAAAUACUUGAAACACCUGCUGAUUAUGGUAUACACAUUGUGGAUCGUCGUACAAGGUCGACUGAAGAAUCAAUAAAUCAGAUGGCUGAUUAUAUGUUGCAAUUUUGUCAAAAAUCCCGACGUCAGAGAAUUACUCAACGUAAUAGAACUGAAAGGUUAUCAGAUUUAUUAGAUUGGAAAAUUAUGGGUAUGGAAUAUGUUAGAGCAAGAAAGUUAGCUUUAUACAGAACAUACCCUGAUUCAUUUGCCGGAGCUGAAGCUGGAGAAUUUGAAAGUUAUAUUAAAGCCAAAAUUCCUAAACCUUUGUCAGCACCUGGAUCCCCUAGAAUUAAGGGUAGUGGUAGUGUUGCUGACGAUGAAGAAAUCACGGAAGGGAUGAGUAAUUUUAAUAUUAUUGAUGAAGAAAAUGAGGAAACAAGAUAAUGGUUUUUUAAACAAAUAAUUAUCGUCUAAUAAUUUUCUUUAUUUUUUUUUCUAUCCAUGAUGUUAGAAGCUUCAAAUAUUUUUAAAAAUAUUUAAUAUAUUGAUUUUGAUGAACAGUAAUAGAAAAUAAAAAAAAAAAAUGUAUUGUAUUUUUGAUUAAUAAAAUUUCAUUGGAUUUGACAAAACUAUUUACUUGUCAAUUAUUAUUAUUUUAUUUUAUUAUUUUAUGAGAUAAUUGGGAUAAUUGGAAUA